UGAGCACUAUAUCCAGAACUGGCCUAAUCUGAUGACAGUUUGUGAACAAAAUCAUGAAAAAAUAGAUGGAACUGUCACAGCCAAAGUUCUCAACAUUGGGCUUAAGAGAAGUGUUGAACACGUGCUGAGUAUCCUGAAGCCUAUUUCUGCAGCCUUGAACAAAAUACAGGGAAAUAGCUGUUUUAUUGCUGACGCUGUUGAAAUUUGGAGGGAACUGAGUGAGAUCUUAAAAAGAGAAAUAUGCAAUGACAGAGUUAAAUUACAAGCUGAACCUCCACAAACAAAAGCAAAGGGCCCACUUGGUCUGCGAUGGCCUGCUGCUUCGUUACAUUCUACAAUAAAAAUUAUACAAGCUGAAACUAACAUAUAAGGUUUCAGCCCAGGAACCCCUUUGAAAACUGUCACCAAACUGAAGGAAGAAGUAGGGAGAUUUCUCUGGCGCUGAUGGAUUUUAAUCACCCUUGACAAAAAUGCUUAUUCCUGAAUCCUAGGCCUCAUAAAUAUACACUUUUUUGCCUUUGUAAUUUUUCAUAUUGUGCUAUUACAUAUUUUCAAACAAAUUUCUGGGGGUGGUUAGGAUGAGACAUCUUGGGACCCACCUCCAAGGUUCUCUCCCCCCACACCCCCAUUUCAAAUGGCACUUGAUAGAAUGAUACUUAUUGAAUACUGUGCUGCAUUGUCAAUGUGCUGGGGAUAUAUUUCAGGAAUAAUACACUUCUAGCAAAGGGAAUAAUAUAAAUUUAGGAAAGGGUCAAUAUAAAUUUAUUCACCAAGUGGCCAAACACAGUUUUCUUAAAUUCUGGCGGGCUAUUAGUUAAGUGACGAGUAGAAUCCUUUUCAAUAUGUAUGGUAGGCCUGGUCCUGUGAAUUGAAGUAAAAAGGAGCUGUUGGCACCACUUCCAGGAAUGGGUUUCUUAUGAUUGACUUGAAGGUCAGAGUCAUAUCCUAAUUUAAUUAAUCUGCAUUUUCUUGGAGAAAAUAGUUUACUUGGAUGCUCUAUUUUGAAACUAGAAUUAAUAAGAAUUGCUUCAGUUGUUGUAAGCUGUGAACUGAUUGGUUAGAUAUCCUAGCAAAAGAGAAAAUUUGCAUCUUAAAGAACUAUGGUCUCAUUGAAAUUCUUCUCAUGUAUAAUUACAGAAAACUGAAUAAAAAAGAAAAGUUUUAACAGUAAGCAACUGGCAGGCACUGAGACAUUUCAAGCAUGUUAAAAUCAGAGAGAAAUGGAGCUUUAGUCUCCUCCUCCUGCAUUACGUCUUUAUUUGAACAAGUAUCCUGUUACUGUUAGUUUCUUAAAUGGUCUCCGUAGCUUAUUUAUGCCUGAUCCAGACAAAUUUUUAGCAUAUUUGUUGUGGAGAGCUUGUCAGAAUGGCUGGCAGUGAAGAGACCCUUAAGAAAAAAUUGCAAGAUGAAAAUGAAGUUUCAGAAAGCCACAAAACCAGAACACUGACAGAUAAACAGAACAUCUCAAAAGAAUCACUGACUUAUUCUGAGAAGAUCCAAGAAAAAGGCAAAGAACUCCCAGAGCCUUUAUGGACUACAUUUGCUGAUAGUGUGGUCAAGCUCAGGAUAGAUCAAUCAUGUUCACAAACUCCAAUAACAGUUCAUCAGAUGUUCAAAGAGACUGUGGAUAAAUAUGGGCCUCUCAAUGCUAUGGCCAGCAAAAAGAAUGGAAAAUGGGAAAAAAUCACAUUUGCGGAGUAUUACAAUCUUUCCUGGAAAGCAGCCAAAAGCUUUUUGAAGCUUGGUCUUGAACGAUUCCACAGCGUAGCAAUACUUGGAUUUAACUCUCCAGAAUGGUUCGUUUCAGCUGUUGGUGCUAUUUUUGCUGGAGGAAUUGUCACAGGCAUCUAUACAACGAACUCUCCCGAGGCCUGCCACUACAUUGCUUAUGACUGCAAAGCCGAUAUCAUUGUGGUAGAAAAUCAAAAACAAUUGGACAAGAUAAUGCAGAUCUGGAGUCGUCUACCGUGCUUGAAAGCAGUUGUGCUAUACAAUGACUCUUUGCCAGAGAGACAUCCCAAUUUAUAUACGAUGGAAGAAUUUAUGGAGUUGGGAAAUGAGAUACCAGAUGCUACACUCAAUGACAUUAUUAGCUCUCAAAAGCCAAAUCAAAGUUGUGUGCUAGUGUACACUUCUGGAACAACAGGGGAGCCAAAAGGAGCCAUGCUGAGUCAUGACAAUAUAACCUGGACAGCAGCACAUGCCAGCAGAGCAGGGGAUAUGCAACCAGCAGAAAUCCAACAGGAGAUUAUAGUCAGUUACCUCCCGCUCAGCCACAUAGCUGCUCAGAUAUAUGACCUCUGGACUGGAAUCAAGUGGGGAGAGCAAAUUUACUUUGCUGAGCCAGAUGCUUUAAAGGGCAGCUUGGUCAAUACACUGAAAGAAGCACAGCCAACAUCUCAUAUGGGAGUUCCACGAGUAUGGGAGAAAAUCAUGGAGAAAUUAAAGGACACGUCUGCUCAGUCAGGAUUUAUGAAAAAGAAAGUGUUAUCAUGGGCCAUGUCCAUUAGCUUAGAGAGGAACCUAAGUUGCUCAGGAAGCAGUGACUUGAAGCCCUUUCGAACAAGAUUAGCAGACUACUUAGUACUUGCAAAAAUCCGCAGUGCUCUGGGAUUUUCCCACUGUCAGAAGCAUUUCUCUGGUGCUGCUCCUCUCACUACAGAAACUCUGGAUUUCUUCUUGAGUCUGAACAUCCCCUUGUACCAGGCGUAUGGGAUGAGCGAGACCACAGGCCCGCACUGCAUGUCUGGGCCAUAUGUUUACAGACGUCGCAGCUGUGGCAAAGCAGUGCCUGGCUGCAAAGUGAAACUGGUGAAUGAGGAUGCAGACGGCAAUGGAGAAAUUUGUUUCUGGGGAAGAACUGUUUUCAUGGGUUAUUUAAAUAUGGAGGAUAAAACAAAAGAAGUCAUUGAUGAUGAUGGGUGGUUGCAUUCUGGAGACGUAGGAAGACUAGACAAGGACGGCUUCCUCUAUGUUACUGGAAGAAUUAAAGAGUUAAUUAUUACAGCUGGAGGUGAAAAUGUGCCUCCGAUCCCAAUUGAAGAUGAGGUCAAAAAGGAAUUGCCCAUUGUUAGCAAUGCUAUGUUGAUUGGAGAUCAAAAGAAGUUCUUAUCAAUGUUGCUGACCUUAAAGAGUACUCUGGACCCAGAAACAUCCGAUCCUACUGACAAUCUGAGUGAGCAAGCCAGAGAAUUCUGCCAGAAAAUUGGCAGCAAAGCCACUAAAGUGUCAGAGAUUGUGGCAACAAGAGAUCAGGCUGUUUACCAGGCCAUUCAAGAAGGAAUCGAUAGAGUCAACAUGAAGUCCACAGCCAGUGUUCAGCAUAUUCAGAAAUGGACAGUCCUGGAAAGAGAUUUCUCCAUUUCUGGUGGAGAAUUUGGUCCUACGAUGAAAUUAAAACGACCUGCUGUGCUUGAAAAAUACAAAGAUGAAAUUAAUUCAUUUUACAAAGAAUAAAAUUAGUCUUCGUGCCAAGUAUUGUCUGCAAGUUUCCCAAGAAGCAAAACAAAUUCACCAACUCUGUGUUACAGGAAACAGCUCCCAACAAAUGCAUUUGAGGAUUUACUUUUCUAGGCAAGCACACCUAUCAUUUGUUUUGCACCCUAUGCAACAGGCAUUAGAAGAGAAACAUCCAUAUAAAGUUCUAGUUGUAAUUCUGCCUGCAAAGUAAUAAAAUUUCUUGCUACAGAUAAGUAUUCCUACUGCCCUGUCAUUGUGAAUAUUUUACUUUUGGUCUUAAAUGAGUUAAACUUAA